UGCAGAGACACAGGGGAGGAGGAAGAUCGCACAUGGAGGGAGGGGGGAGAGAGGCGAAAUCGUAUUAUCCUCCACUUGUGAACGAUGCUGCUUGAAUCCGCAUCCCUCGGAACUUGGAUGUGACAGGAUAAAAUGCUGAAGUUCUUCUCUGCGCGGGACGACGAGAAUGAAAGCCUUCUGGGAGCAAUGACAGAAGAUGAAGGAGACAAUCUGUCUCUUAAAGAAAGCAAACACCACUGGUUGAACAGACCCUGUCUCCUGGUUCUCAAAGAUGGGGAAGUGUCAAAACCUGGAUUGGGCUGUGGACAAAUUGGAGCAGAAUCUCCUUCUAAAGCCACAUCGGAUGCAACAGACAGAGGCACUUUUGGAUCACGUGAGCAGAAACCAUGUAAACAUCCUGUCAAACCUGCUUCACCCUCCCAGCUGGAGGAGGGCAGCUGCACUGUGACCACUGUCUCUUCAUGGGGCGAGAGCUGUUUUGGGGAGUGCUCCAGUCCCCUGGUGCUGAGCCCUGCUGAGGCUGAGUGGGCUGAGGUGGAGGCAGAGGAGAAGAAGCUCCAGGCUCUCCCAUUGAAAGAGGACUCAGUGAUUGAGGAGAAGGAGCUGGAGGAGAGCAGGCUGGAGCAGCAAGAGCAGUCCUGCAGCUCAGAGGCAGCUACAGCAUCCUUUACUCCCUUACAUGAAGAGACAUAUGGCAAGGUGCCCAAGGAGCUUCAGAGUCAGUUUCACUUUCCUAGAUCUAAAGGACAAGAUGAGACAAAUACCAGUACGAUCCAAGCAGCCAGUGUUGCAGGAGAAAUGGGGAAUGUGGCAGCUUCCCCUGGGGAUCCUGAUAAUGAGUGUCAGCUGAGCUCUGUUGGAAUUCUGUCAAAGGAUCAAGGCACUGUCCUUGGAGAUGUAGCUCCAGUGUGGGUCCCUGAUGCUCAAGCAGAGGUUUGCAUGAAGUGUGGGGUCAAGUUUACCUUUACUAAGAGGAGGCAUCACUGCCGUGCUUGUGGGAAGGUGUUUUGUGCACUUUGCUCCAAUCUGAAAUUCAGACUUACACAUUUGGAUGGCAAAGAGGGACGAGUUUGUGUUUCCUGUCAUUCAACCCUCAUCAAAUGGACACCCCCAUGGGGAAAAAGGAGGGUGUGGUUCGCAGAUGAAAUCCUCACCAAUAAGCAGUCAGAGUCUGCUCCAGCCACACCAGUCAGAGGGCCAACCUUUUCACCGCUGAUGAGACAAGCACUGGACGGGUCUGUUAAAAGCCCUGUGGGUUCACCACAGAUCAGGGGAGCCUUGAGGCCCCACAGGACGACUAUCAAUGAGGCCUGUGGUCCUUAUGGUUGGGGCACCACUGCUUUAGUGAGCAGCUCAGUAAACCUCAUCCCCCUGGAUGGCCUGCCACCUAUCCUUACCUCCACAGGAGUCAAAGGAGAUUACACUGUGGAGGAGCAGCCCUCUGAGACACUGCUUAUUCAGGAGUUAGAGAGUGGCAGGCCCAAGCCUCUGGUGUUUGUUCUCAAUGCCAACCUGCUCGCAAUGGUCAAGCUGGUCAAUUAUGUUAACAGGAAGUGCUGGUGCAUGACGACAAAGGGAAUGCACGCUGUGGGCCAGGUGGAGGUGGUGGUGCUGCUGCAGUGUCUGCCUGAAGAGAAGACUUUCCCCAAAGACAUUUUCAGCCACUUCAUCCAGCUAUACAGGGAUGCCCACACAGGGAAGGUUGUGAACCACCUGUCACUCUCCCUAUUUGGCAGUUGUUUCCUGGGCAGUGAGGAGCAUGCAGGCUUCCUGUAUGUUCACUCCACUCUCCAGUCUCUUCAAGGUCUACCUCUGCCAAACCAGCCCUACCUCUUUGGCCUGCUGGUCCACAGAGCGGAGAUGGCCUGGGCCAAAGCCUUUCCCUUGCGUCUCAUGCUGCGACUUGGGGCUGAGUACAGAUUUUACCCAUGUCCUCUGUACAGCGUGCGCUUCAGGAAGCCUUUGUUUGGGGAAAUAGGUCACACCAUAAUGAGGCUGCUAGUGGACUUCAGGAAUUGCUGUUACAGCCUGCCAAUGGUUCCGGGGCUCACUGUGGAUCUAGAGGCUCAGAGGACCCGCAUAAAGUUACCAACCACUGGAUAUAACGAGCUGAUGAAGGCUUUGAAUAAGUCCAGUGAGCAUGUGCUGGCCAUAGGGGCGUGUUUUAAUGAGACUGCGGACUCCCACCUCAUCUGUGUGCAGGGGGACGAUGGCCAGUACCAGACACAGGCCAUCAGCAUUCACAAUCAUCCACGCAAAGUUACUGGAUCAUGCUUUUUUAUAUUCAGUAGUGCUCUGAAAGCAUUUACAGGAUACCUAGCCAAGUCCAGCAUUGUAGAAGAUGGGCUAAUGGUGCAGAUUACCAUGGAAACCAUGGCAGAGCUCCGUCGGUCAUUACGGGAGAUGAAAGACUAUACUGUCACCUGUGGACGGCUUGACCAGCCAGACAACCAGGAGCUUGUUUGUGUACAGUGGGUGCAGGAGAAAUGCACUGUGAAUAAGGGAAUCAUAAGCCCCAUUGAUGGGAAAUCCAUGGAGUCCAUCAGCAGUAUGAAGAUGUUCCACAAGUCAGAAUACAAAGAAAAUGGGAAAAUCAUCCGCUGGACAGAAGUCUUCUUCCUGCAGAGGGGGGAUCAUCACAAAGGCAGAGCGACCGAUUGUGCUGAACACAACCGGCUAACGGAGCGAAUCGCCCGGGCUUUUUGCUUGGCGCUGUGUCCACACCUGAAACUGCUGAAAGAGGACGGGAUGGCCAAGCUGGGUCUGCGUGUCACAUUUGAUUCUCAAGAGGUGGGAUUUAUGGCUGGGAGUAACGGACAGCCCCUCCCAGCUCAGUACCUCAAUGCUCUGGAUACCGUUUUGAUCCCUGUCAUCCACAGCAGGGGGCGCAAGAGGGGCGAGGAGCCCAUUGUGAUGGAGCUCAUCUUUUACAUUCUAGAGAUCAUCACUUAGAGAACACACACACCCCACUAUUUCAUCUUCUUAACUCUGACCACGAAUGUGUUUCCAGCACUUCCCAUCAGUGCUGCCAUUAGUUUCAGGGCAGUUAAAGCAUUCCAAGGGCAAACCAGACCACAUCCAAGGUCUGCAUCCAUCUAAUCCACUCACAAGCAGAGAGAAGCCUGUGUGAGCCGCCCCCAGUUUUCUGAUCUAACCCAGCUCUGCAGCAGACCGUCUGGGCACGCAUGAAGGCUGUGAUGGACCAUCAGUUCAGGGUGCAGUACUUGCACUGUAGUAGCAACUCCGUAGCUUGUUAACAUUCAUAUUACAACACUUUCUACAAGUUCCUAUAUGGAGAAUACCUUUAAAGUGGGAGUUGGAUUCAGCCCCAUGACCUUAAAACAAAGAGAAUGACUUGAAGUACUAUAUCUAGUAGAUCUGUAGAAAUUUGAAUGAAUGCCUAACCAGUGUUUUCAUACUGGAUGUAUUUUAAUUGAUUGCUCAUAAAAUGCAAUGCCAGUCUGGAAUUAAACUUAAAAUUCAC